UCCGACCAAUCGCAUGCAGGUAUUGAAAUAGCAAAACGAACGCGCUCGUAUUUAAGCGGAUAGCUUUGUGAAAUUCAGACAAUUUAUCUACAGAGACGACAACACGUGAUUUAAACAACGCGUUACAAAUUACAAAUAUUGUAAUUUUAAAAUGACUACUUACACGGACAAAGGCAAAAAGCCCAUUGGUGGAAAAUUUUUAUGUUUUGACCAUGUAAAAUUUUGGGUUGGAAAUGCAAAACAGGCGGCUAGCUUUUAUUGCGCAAGGAUGGGAUUUGAACCAUUUGGUUAUCGUGGUUUAGAAACUGGCUCAAGACAUGUAGUAGCACAUGCUGUUAAACAAAAUCAGAUAAUAUUUGUUUUUGAAUCAGCUUACGAGCCUGAAAAUAAAGAAAUGGGGAAUCACCUUUCUCAGCACGGUGAUGGUGUUCGAGACAUUGCUUUCAAGGUCGAAGAUAUCGAUACUAUCGUUAGGGUAGCAAAACAAAAGGGUGCAAAAAUUAUAAAAGACAUAUGGGAAGAAAAAGAUGAGUUUGGUAUUAUUAGACUUGCCACGUUGCAAACUUAUGGAGAUACCCAUCAUACUUUGAUUGACAGAAGUAAAUACGAAGGAUUCUUUCUACCUGGAUUUGUAAAAGCCUCAGAAGACAUACUUAUUAAACAUUUGCCAGCAAUUCAUUUAAAAUUUAUAGAUCACAUUGUAGGAAAUCAAGCUGAUAAACAAAUGGAGCCUGUAGCUAAAUGGUAUGAAGAAUGCUUACAGUUUCAUAGAUUUUGGUCAGUAGAUGAUACUCAAUUACAUACCGAAUAUUCUUCAUUACGUUCUAUCGUUAUGACUAAUUGGGAAGAAACUAUUAAAAUGCCAAUUAAUGAACCAGCACCUGGUAAGAAACGUUCUCAAAUUCAAGAAUAUGUUGAAUACUAUGGCGAUGCUGGUGUUCAGCAUAUAGCUUUGAAUACUAAUAACAUAAUUACAAGCAUACAAAAUUUACGAAAAAGAGGUAUGGAAUUUCUUGAUGUUCCUGAUAAUUAUUAUGAUAUGCUGAAAGACCGUUUGAAAAAUAGUAAAGUCAAAAUUAUAGAAGAUUUGAAAAUAUUACAGGAAUUAAAAAUUUUAAUUGACUAUGAUGAAAAUGGUUAUCUAUUACAAAUCUUUACUAAGAAUAUGCAAGAUCGACCGACUCUCUUUAUAGAAGUUAUCCAAAGGUGUAAUCAUAAUGGGUUUGGUGCUGGAAAUUUCCAAGCUCUGUUUGAAGCAAUCGAACUUGAACAAGCUAAGCGUGGCAAUCUGUAAUAUAUAUUGUGGAAAAUGUUAUUGCAUCGAUAAAUAACAAUAAGAUUAUUAUAAUAUAAUAUUUUAAGUGUUAUUACAUAAUAUAUUUUACAAUAGAUCAUUUAUAUUAUUUUGUACAAGUGCAAGCAUAUAUGCAUGUAUUGUACAUGUAUUUCCAUAUAUUACAUAUUCAUAAAUUCCUGUUAACCAAUUACUAUGUCGUUAAUCAUAAUAUGCAAUUGUAAAUAAAAUUGAAAUAAAAAAGUAAUAUAUAAUCAA